AUGUCUCAGGAAGUUGACUGGUUACAUAGCCAAGCAGGUGUGUGUAAAGUAGACCUCUACAACCCUGAUGAACAGAAGGACCAGGACCGGAAAGUGAUCUGUUUUGUAGAUGUCUCCAGCCUGAAUGUAAAGGGCAAAGAUUCAAAAGCAAAGAAAGCUGCUAGCCAGUACAGUAACAUCUCUGAACCUUCAAAUGAACUUGAUCUGGGCAAUCUGGAGGAAAAAGAAGUCAUUGUAAUAAAGGACAACGAGAAGCAAAAUCAUUCUAAAACUGAAGGAGCAGUAUGUCUUUUCAAACAAGGUUCAACUGAUGAACUCAGCGUUGUGAGCUGGCUCAACAAUGACCUUCAGAAAUAUGCAGCUGGACUCCAGCAUGCACUGACCCCUUCAGAUACCCCUCAGAAACACAAAGACAGCAACACCUUCGUUGAAUCAUCGUUGUCCCAGAACAGUGACACAUCUUUAAAGUCUGCCGGUGCCCAAAAGGGAAAGAGAGAUCCAGAUAAUGUUUCAUGCUAUGUAAAUAAGCUCUGUUCUUUGGUUUUUCAAAUGGCACGUAAAGAGAUCGCAGAUAAAUUGGAAGGUGCUGCCAGUAAGUGUAUACACCAAGUAAUUCAUGAAAAUAACAAUCCCCCUGGUUCUGUGAACAAAACUUCAUCACAAACAGUGAAUGAAUCCACUGCAGCAAGCACACAGAAACCGCAGGGUAAACUACCAUCCCCCAGGCCAUCUCAAGAAAAGACUACCAAGAAGGAAGAUACUCCAGGUUCUAAGAGAACAUCACUCUUCUAUGGUGAGAUGUCUAAUCAAAGUGGCUGUAGACAGGGGGAAAAGUCUGGAGAUAAACAAAUGUGUCAGCAAGUAAAACAGUCUGGGCAGGAUGAUUCUGGUACUUCUGUGAGCAAGGGGUUAGUGGUUUAUGCAAAUCAGGUUGCUUCAGACAUGAUGUUCUCAUUUAUGAAGACCAUGAAAGUUCAAAGGAAGGAUGGUAAGACACUCCCAGCUUGUGUAGUUUUGAAGAGAGUAAUCCUCAAACACACCAAAGACAUCAUAUCAGACUUGAUAGACUCAACCAUGAAAAAUCUGCAUAAUGUCACAGGGGUGCUCAUGACAGACUCUGACUUUGCUUCAACAGUGAAGAAGAAUCUAUAUAACAUGGGAAGCCAGAAAUCUAUUGAAAUUUUGGAAGUAAUGGUAAGACGGCUGUAUAAUGUCCUUGUAGCAGAGCAAAACGAUAAGGGACAGUCCAAGUCUCACAGUCUAGCAUAUUCCAUACUGAAAACGGCAUUCCCAUCAGACUCAAAAUCUCAAAGAAUGCAGUUUGCAACACUGAAAACUCAAACACAAAAGAAGGAUAGGGAAAAACCAAAGCCAAAGAUGUAUACCUGUGCUGAGAAACCAGAAAAGGUCAGCACCUCAAUAGAGUCACUAGCAAAAGACCUCACUGUGACAGCAUUAAUGUUGAUACAACAGCACUUAAUCCAACAGACAAACAGUGGCAGAGAUUCAACCGCUCAUGAUUCGGGCACUUCUUCACUUGGGUUUGUUUCUCGUGAAUCUCAUUUUGAAAAGGCUGGGAAAAGCCAAAGCUCCAAGUCUCUUGCAAUGGCUGCUGGGUCAAGGAAUAUUCCCCAAGAGCUCAACUCCCAAAAGGAUGAUAUAUCAAGUAUCCUCUUAUCCAUCAUCCAGAAGGUCUUACGUGAGGCCGGUUUCAAUAUAGAUGACAAUUCCAGUGAGACAAACAAGAGUUUUAAACAGGUUGCCACUACUGAUAGUGAGUCCAGCAAAAAGGCCUUAUCUACACAGCCCAGUUCAGCCAUAGAUCAGUUUGACAACAUGGAUCAGGUAAACAAGAAAUUUAUUGACCAACUGGUGGAAUCUGUGAUGAACUUGUGUUUAUUCAUGACUAAAUGCAACAAUUCCGAUUUAGCGAUAGGUGACCUAUCAGAUGAGCAAAAUGCAGCUGGUGCCUCAUUCUCAAGAAACAAAUCCACAGCUUUUGAUAAAGAAGGGUCAAGGGAAGCUUCACAAGUGAAGUCAAGUGGAAAACAGCUAUCAGAUUUAUCAUCCGGUUCUGAAGUGAUAGUGAACAACCAGAAUACCAACAGCAGCACACAGAACAAGGAGCUCCAGGCUAUCCUCCAGUGGAUGGCUGCUUCCCACUUCAAUGUGCCCAAUCUGUCAUUCAUGAAUGAAGAGGAAGGGAAUUUGAAAAAGCUUCCUCUGUUGGCUGAAAAAGCAGCAAAGAAGGGCUGCAGCGUGGGGGAUAUUAUCCAGGAGGUAAUGAGGUACUUUGAAAAACAACAGAUUGAUGCCGCUGUGGGAAACGUGUCUUGUUAUGGAUUGUUGGACUGGCUGCUUGCUAACCUGUGA